AUGAGCGCGCUCAAGCGCAUGGGCAAGUCCAUGUUCCGCAAGGACAAGGACGACCACAAGGAUCGCCCCUCGGGUGCCGCGGACAGCAGCGAGAUCAGCGGGCCCAGCAGCAGCUCGUCCGCGCCCUCGUCGCUGUCGUCCAGCGAGGGCAACGGCAACGCUGUCUUUUACACUGGCGACAACGCGAGCGUCAAGGCGUGCCUCGCGCGUGUUGCUGCCGCUGCCCCUGCACCCCCAGGCACCAUCUCCCGCGCUGCUGGCGGCGGCCCGGGCGGCGCAGGAACCGUGAGCGCUGCCUCUGGCGCUGCUGCCGCCCAGCAAGCCGCCGCAGCCGCCGCAGCCGCCGCAGCCGCAGCCAUGCACAGCGAAAUCCCCGCCGAUCUCUCCAAGGAGGACUUUGAUGCGCAGUUUGAGCAGAUGAUGGAUGAAAUGAACAUUCCGGAAGACGCGCGUGUCCCGAUGCGCUUGCGGUCGCAAGAGGCAAAGUGGCAACUCAUCAACGCCGCCAAGCUCAAAAUGGCCGCCGAAGACAACACGCCCGAACACUUUGUGCGCGAGCUGCGAAACCCAAAGACCACGUUCAACAAGAUGCUCAAGGUGCUCAACUCGCUGCGCAUCUCGCUGGGCUCCCAGCCAAUGUUCUGGGUGCGCCAGUUCAAGGAGGCGUCGGGCCUGGAUGCCCUGUUUGCCGUCAUGUACCAGCUCAACUCGCACGACAUCAAGGACAAGCUCGAGCAAUCCAUCGAGCAGGCCUGCGUGCUCUGCUUUAAGGCUUUCAUGAACAACGGCCCUGGUCUGUUUGCCGUCAUUAAGGGCGCCGAGGGCAUCCGACCUUUGGCCCUGGCGCUCGGAACGGCCGACGUCAAGACCACCACCACGAUUCUCGAAUUGCUUGGUGCCGUGUGUCUCGUCCCGCCGAGCGGCCACUCACUUGUGCUGCAGGGCAUCACCCAGGUGGCGCGCCAAAAGGAGCGCCAGAUGCGCUUUGAGCCGCUCGUCCGCGUUCUGCGCGACUCGGACAAUGGCCACCUCCAGGUUGCCUGCGUGCAGUUCCUCAAUGCGCUCAUCAACACGCCCGACGAGCUCGACUUCCGCCUGCACCUUCGUAACGAGAUUAUGCUGCUCGGCUUGGCCGAGGUGCUGCCACGGCUGCGCUCGCACGAUGCCGAGCAGCUCAAUCUGCAGCUGACGUACUUUGACAACGAGACCCAGUACGACUACACCGAGUUGCUGGAUCGCUUUGGUCAGCUGCAGAUGGAGAUGGCCGAUCCCGAGGAGAUUUUCCACCUCUUGCGCAACCUCGUCGCCGACACGCCCGCAGACGCGCACUUCCUGUCCGUCCUCCAGCACUUGAUGCUCAUCCGCGACGACCACGUCACCCGGCCAAAGUACUACCGCCUCAUUGACGAAGCCGUGUCCCAAAUGGUCUUGCGCCGCAACGGCAUCGAUCCCGACUUCCAGGGCACCUUCUCGCUCGACGUCGAGCCCAUCAUCCGCGGCUUUGUCGACCAGGACACGCUCGCCGAGCAAGAGGAGCAGAUUGCCAAGCUCAAGCGCGAGUUUGAGGCGCUCAACCAGAACAAGGUCGAGAACGAGACCAAGCUCAACAAGGAGAUGGACGAGCUCAAAACCAAGGUCACAGAGUUCACGACCAAGCUCGAGGAGGCCCAGCGCCAAGUUGCCGAGGCGCAGGCUGCCGCUGCUGCUGGCGGCGGCUCGCGUGGCGGCAGUGGCGGCAGUGGCGGUGAGUCCACUGCCACUGGCGGAGACUCGGAAGGUGGCGCACCCCCGCCGCCACCGCCCAUGGGUGGCCCGCCGCCGCCGCCGCCUCCGCCGAUGAUGGGUGGAGGUCCCCCGCCUCCUCCGCCACCGCCGGGUGGUGGUCCGCCGCCUCCGCCUCCGCCGCCGGGAGGUGGUCCGCCGCCGCCGCCUGGUGGCCCACCGCCACCGCCUGGCAUGCCCGGCUUUGGCCCACCGCCGCCCCAAGAGGACUUGAACAAGUACAAGCCGAGCGUGCAGAUGAAGCGCAUCAACUGGACCAAGGUCAACGCCCGCGCCGCCAGCGACACGAUCUGGGGCAAGCUCGACGAGAGCAACUGGGAAGGCGACAUGGACUUUAAGAACCUCGAGUCGCUCUUCUGCGCCAAGAAGGCCAAGACCAACGAUGCCGAAGAGAGCGAUGCCCCGCCGGUGCAAAAGAUCAAGGAAAUGUCCGUGAUUGACGGCAAGAAGGCGUACAACGUUUCCAUCAUGCUUGGUCGUCUCAAGAUGGACUUUGCCACGAUGAAGGGUGCCAUUUUGAAGUGCGACCCCGAGCUUUUGCCUGAGCAGACCAUCAACCAGUUCCUCAAGUUUGUUCCCUCCAAGGAAGAACUCCAGGCUCUUGAGCCCUUCAAGGCCGAUCCUUCUCCCUUGAGCCGAGCGGAUCAGUUUGUGAUGGAGUCGCGUCUCACGACCAUGCUCUUCCAGCUCAAGUUCCCCGAGCUGUUGGGUGAAAUCAAGCCUGACGUUGUCUCUAUCAAGGACAGCAAGAAGCUUCGCAGCGUGCUUGAGAUGGUGCUGCUUGUCGGUAACUACAUGAACUCUGGCUCGCGUAACGCCGGUGCCCGUGGUUUCAAGAUUGACCAACGCUUUGGCAACACCAAGACCCACGACAACAAGCAGACCUUGUUGCACUUCCUCGCGGAUUUGCUCGAAAAGAAGCGUCCCGAGCUGCUCACUUUUGGUGAUGAACUCCGCGAUUUAGAGCGUGCCGCUCGCAUGUCGCUCGCGACCAUUGGUGCCGACUUUAACGACCUCCGCAAGGGUAUUGAAGCUGUCAAGAAGGAACUCGAGCUGUCCGUCAACGCCCCUGCGGGCGACAAGUACAAGGACGUGAUGGGCGCUUUCAUUGACAAGGCCUCGAGCCAGUUCAAGGAUCUUUCAGACAUGUUUGAGCGAAUGACCAAGGUCUUUGAGGAGGUUGUGACGCUUUAUGGCGAAGAUCCCAAGACGGCCACCCCUGAAGAAAUCUUUGGCGUUUUCCGCACCUUUGUCCAGGGCAUUGAUGAUGCUCACAAGGACAACGUCAAGAAGCGCGAGGCCGAAGAGCGCGAGGCCAAGCGUGCUGCUGAGAAGGCCGAGAAGGAGGCUGCUCGUCUCAAGUCGGAAAAGGACAAGCGCAAGACUGUCAUCGACGAAGAGGGCGACCAAAAGGGUGUCAUGGACGAUCUUAUUGCAUCCCUUCGCAGCGGUACUGCGUUUGCCCGAGAGCGACCAAAACGUGCGGCAGGCGCUGCUGGUGGCCGCCGUCGCAAGGACAAAGAAGAAGGCGAAAGCAUUGGCUCCGAUGCCGCGUCCCUCCUCAGCAAGAUUGGUGGCGGUGACGAUGAUUAA